UGAUGUAUUUCCGGGAGAGACUUGUCAUCACGUGGGCGGGGCUUAUGAUCCCGCGGCCGGUCAGUAGUAUGGGGCAAGUUUGAAUGCGCUCGGUGGCGGGUAAUAACGGGCGCGGAAGCACGUCAGCCUGCUCCGGGGACUAGACUGUGAGAAGACAUUACUGCGGAGGGGACCCAACAUCUUCCCCAAAUCGAACGAUACUCCCUACCGGCUCCACCCUUCAGAUAGUUAUGGGCAAAAGGAAAGAAGCCAGUCCCGUGACUCCAUCAGGCCAUGGAAAAAGAUCAAGACAAGACGCCUCAGAAGAGGAGGAGGCUACUCCCUGUGUUUCUUCUGAUUCCGAAAGCUACUCGCAAUCUACCACUGCUGAAGUUGGAAUCGUUGAAAGUAUCUCGCUGAAAAACUUCAUGUGUCAUUCAAACCUUGGACCAUUUCGUUUUGGGCCAAAUGUCAACUUCGUGGUUGGUAACAAUGGAAGUGGAAAGAGCGCCGUUCUAACAGCUCUCAUCGUAGGCCUCGGAGGAAAAGCUGCUCUAACCAACAGGGGAUCCUCGAUAAAAGGAUUUGUAAAGGAUGGACAGACCUCUGCAGAUGUAUCCAUUACAUUAAGAAACAGAGGACAAGAUGCGUUCAAACCUGAGGUUUACGGCGACUCCAUCGUAGUACAACAGCAUUUCACAACCGAUGGCAAUCGGAGCUACAAGCUGAAGAGCGCUACAGGAGGACUGGUUUCUUCAAAGAAAGAGGAGCUUGUAGCAAUUCUUGAUCAUUUUAAUAUCCAGGUAGACAACCCAGUGUCUGUUCUGACUCAAGAGAUGAGUAAACAUUUCUUACAAUCCAAGAAUGAAUCGGAUAAAUAUAAGUUUUUCAUGAAAGCGACACAGUUGGAGCAGAUGAAGGAAGAUUAUUCAUACAUCAUGGAGACAAAGAACAGAACACACGAUCAGGUUAAUUACGGUGUUGAGAGGCUUGAAGAACUCCGACGUGAGUGCAGAGAGAAAGAAGAACGUUUUAAGAGUAUUGCGUCCUUGUCGGAAAUGAAGGAGAAAUUAGAAGAUUUAAAGCAGAAAAUGGCAUGGGCGGUGGUGAUUGAAACUGAAAAAAAAAUGUCUCCCUUAAGAGAGGAAAUCAUAGCAGAGGAAGGACGCAACGUCAAGUACGAGCAGAAGAUUGGCGAAUGGCAGGGCAAAGUGAAUACCGCAGAGAAAGCAUUCAGAGCCAUACAGGAGCGACUGGAGAACAUCAGCCAGGAAGCCCAGACAUUGAAGCCGCAGGGCAUCGCCCUAAAAGAUGAUGUCCAAAGAAAGAAAAGAUCACACAAUGAAGCAGAGGUUAUUUAUAACAGACAUCGAAUGGAAUUAAAACGCCUACAAAGAGAUUCUGAGCAGCUCUCCAAGCGUAUCGAAGAGCUCCAAAAAAGUGCGGACAGUAUGUCUGAAGAGGAGAAGAUGGAGCGCCUCAAAGAAGCCGCCUGUCUGAAGGAUAGGCUGAAAGCUCUCCGGGACCAGGAUGUUACAACCACCCAGCAGAUUGAGCAAUUUCAGCAAGCUGUUUAUAAAUAUAAAGAGGAACGCACUAGACUUUGCAAUGAAGAACGUGAUCAGAAACAUCUGUUGGAAAAGACCAAAAGGCAGUUGAAGGAGUUUCAGGACAGCAAAACUGACCAGUUGAAGAGAUUUGGACAACACAUGCCUUCCUUUCUUGCAGCAAUCGAUGAUGCUUGCAAACAGGGUCGCUUUAGGAAGAAACCUGUAGGACCGCUGGGAGCCUGCAUUCGCCUCAAAGAUCCAGAACUUGCGCUCGCUGUUGAAAGCUGUCUGAAGGCGCUGCUCCUGGCGUUCUGCUGCGAUAAUCACCAAGACGAAAGAAUGCUGCAGUCCCUCAUGUCCAAACACUUUCCUCCUGGACAGAGGCCGCAAAUAAUUGUCAAUGAGUUUCGGAACCAAGUAUACAACGUUGGACAACGAGCUGUGAUGCAUCCGGAAUACCCAACAGUACUGACCGCGUUGGAAAUUGAUAAUCCUGUGGUCACCAACUGCUUGAUUGACAUGAGAGGCAUUGAAACGGUGCUGUUAAUUAAGAAUAACAGUAAAGCGCGAGAAGUAAUGCAGAAAGGAGCGCCUCCUAGGAACUGCCGCGAGGCCUUCACAGCGGAAGGAGACCAAGUGUUCACAAACCGCUACUACUCGUCCGAUAACAGCAGAGCGAGGUUCUUGAGCAGGGACGUGGAAGUAGAAAUAAGUUUCCUAGAUAAAGAAGUAAGAAAAGUAACAUCAGAGUUGUGUGCGUUGCAGCAGCGUAUGCGUGCGCUUGAAAGUGACAUCAGGCAAAAUGAGGAUCACAUGCGCCAAUACUACGCUUCAAAGAAACAAAUACAGAUGGAAGCGCGGGCACUUACCGCACGUAUUACGGAGUUGGAGAAUGUGGAAGAGCAGCCGUCCAUAGACAUUGCAACCUUGGAAGGCGAAGCCCAAGAAAACCAGAAUAAAAUAGAAUAUGUUAAAAACGAAAUGGAGCAGGCGUUGGAUAAACUUAAGGAGCUGAAAUCUUCGCUCCAAGCAGCCGAGCGUCAGUAUGAUGAGAUCAAAACGAAAAUCAAUUCUGUGUCUGAAAUCGCGGACCCUAUAAAGGAAGAUCUUCACCAGGCGGAUAAGGAAGUGGAAAACUGUAAACGCCAUAAAAAGCACUAUGAAGAGAAACUUAGAGAGCAUUUGGAGGGAAUCAAAAAACGCAAGGGGGAAUUACUUUCCCAAGAAAAGGAUCUUGAGGAAAAAAUUUCUCAGGCCCAACAAAUCUUUCCAGAGAGGUUAGAAGUCACUAGAAGCGCUAGGACCCUUGAUGCAGAAAUCAUUCGGCUGAGAGAUAAAAUCAAUUCUCAAUGUCAGCUGCAGGGAGAUAGGGAUGAAAUAAUAAGGCAAUACCAUGCUGCCAAAGAAAAUUACCAAGAUGUGGAAAGUAAAGUGAGGAAUCUCAAAAAAUUUGUUAAGCUGUUAGAUGACAUCAUGGCCCAAAGAUAUAAGACUUAUCAGCUGUUUCGAAGGUGCCUUACCCUACGGUGCAAAUUUUACUUUGAUUCCUUGCUAUCCCAGAGAGCGUACUCCGGAAAAAUAUGUUUUGACCAUAAGAAUGAAACUCUCUCGAUAACCGUUCAGCCCGGAGAAGGAAACAAGGCGGCGUUAUCUGAUAUGAGAUCGCUGUCUGGGGGCGAACGUUCAUUUUCCACCGUGUGCUUCGUCCUCUCCCUGUGGUCUAUUGCCGAGUCUCCCUUCAGAUGCUUGGAUGAAUUUGAUGUCUACAUGGACAUGGUGAACAGAAGAAUAUCAAUGGACAUGAUGCUGACUAUGGCAGAUUCCCAGAGAUUCCGGCAGUUUAUUUUGUUAACCCCACAAAAUAUGAGCUCCCUUCCGUCCAGCAGUCUGAUCCGAAUUCUCAGAAUGCAAGACCCAGAACGGGGACAGACAACGCUGCCUUUUCUUCCGAUAAAUCAGGAGGAGGAAGAUGAGGACUGAGCUGACCCAGCGGCUCCUAUUGGGACGGAUGCCAUGUUUAUUAUUAAAAAGGGAAAGCUUAAAACUCUGCUUCUGAUGAUUGCAUUAUAAUUAUGCAGGCGAAGCAAACAUUUCUGUAUAUUCCCAAAACUAUUGUUCGCUUGUACAGUGUAGAAAUGUUUUUUUGUCUUUUGUGUAAAUCUAUUUCUAGAUGAAAGUUUAAAUUAUAUUUUCAGUAAUGCUGAAUUUUUAACCUCUACUUUUGUGGGUUUUCUAUGCCGUUCUCUCCUUAACAUUUGUACCUUCACCAUCCGGAUACCGUUUACAGUUGUUGAAUGCUUUAACACAGUUGCUAACGUUUAUAUAAAAACAAACUUUUUGUCUGUAA